CAGUAUCUUUAAGUAUGAUUCCAUAUGUUCCUGGAGAUAUCAAAUCAGGUUUUUAUAUAGCAAAUAUAGAAGAAUCACACGAACUUUUAAAUACAAAUCAAUUUUUGAUUACUAAUUUAUCCUCAUCGGUUUCCUCAAAGAAUUUAAUUUUUAUUGGUGAUGUUCAUGGUUCAUUGGAUGAACUUGAAAUGCUUUUGAAAAAAAUUAAUUAUAAUUCAACAAACGAUCAUUUGAUAUUUGUUGGAGACCUAGUGGCUAAAGGUCCAGAAUCAAUCGAAGUUGUUAAAUUGGUUAAAAAGUAUGGAAGUAGUUGCGUUCGUGGAAAUCACGAUGAUAAAGUGAUACAGUGGAAAGUAUUUUUGGAGAUUUUGGACAGAAAAGGAGUUAAAUUGAAAGAUUAUGUUAAAAAGAAUGAACUACCACCCCAUCUAAAACAGGAUUUAUACGUGGUUCAUGCGGGUCUUUUACCUGACGUACCUAUUGAUCAACAGGAUCCAGAUGAUAUAAUGACCAUGAGAAAUAUCAAAGAUAACGGAAAACCAUCUAAAUCCUUAAAGAAAGGAAAAUCAUGGUCACAUUAUUGGAACAUUGCGCAAAAGUCCUCUCCAACGCCGAAAACAGUUAUAUAUGGUCAUGAUGCAUCACGUGGAUUAAACAUUAAAGAAUUCAGUUUUGGUUUAGAUUCGAGAUGUGUUUAUGGUGGUGAAUUAACUGCUUUGAAAUGGAAUGAAGGAAAAAGUAUUCAUAGCGUUCCUUGUGGACGAUAUACAGAUUAA